CUUGGUUAACACUUCCGCGCGCCCAUAAGUACAUAUUGCAAGCACUGAGAGCGCUGGCCCUCAUCACCGUCCAGACUCGAUUUUGUGGGCUGCUAGCAGCUGCCGCGUGGCCGAUGCGCGCAGCGCCGUUCGAAAUUCGAGCCGCACAUUCCAAUCACCAAUCAUCAACAUCCCAUCAAGCUGCCUCCAAGACAACACAGGCUCCAAAGUACGAGGAAUGUCUCGAUUUCGCUCGCAGACAGGAUUACGACGCUGCUUCAUCCUCUUUCGAGAAGCUGUUGGCCGUGGACCCUACGCAUGAGAAAGCUUGGAUAUCAUAUGCCCAGAUGAGCAAGAAGCGCUACAAGGCCCUGGGCCAGAACUCGCUCGCGUUCGAGGCCUGCGCGGCGGUGCUGAGCCGCGGCACACAGGCGCUGCCGCAUGGCGCACGGCUGUGGCAGGCGCGCGGACUCCUAGAGCUGCAGCAGGGCCGCACGGAUCAGGCGCGGGGGCUACUGGAGAAGGCGGUGGAGCUGGAUCCAAAGCUUGCGCCCGUGCUGAACUGGAAGAGUGUGCGGGCGCAGGAUGCGGAUACGGACUGAGCACAGAGUUGGGGGGUUGAAGGGGCGCGGGGUACAGGGCGCAGGGACAGGCACUCAGUGUGCAUUGCGGGUUUGCGCAGGGUGCAGGGCUCCAAUGAGGAAGCCCUUGAGGGGAAGAGUGUGCGGGCUUUGAAGGCGGGUUUACUGCAGGCGCUGGCAUGGCGCGGACGACUGCAGGAGCGGGGCUUCGUUACUGAUUGAACUGUUACCAAAGAUGAACUGAAAUUGCGUACCGGACUGAAGAAGGCAACAGCUGAACAGCACGACGUCGUUGAGGGGCGGGUGCUUGCAAGCAGAACGUUGAACUGGGGCGCACGCCUGUGAUCCUCUCUGUGAUGAAUGGCUGGGCACAUGCACUUAGAACAACAUACGAACUGUUUUGGUGUCGAUGGCUGAGAGGCUUCUGCUCCUCUACUGCCAUGGGGGAAACCUGCGGUUCUGCGCAGCUGACAUGUUGAGUUGUGUACCACCAUUGUUCCAGGUGUGACGGUCAACUACGGUACUGUAAGCAGGAAGCAAC